AAAGUAGAAACGCAUUAACGCAAUGCGGUCUGGCUCUAGCUGGCCGGCUUGUUCGCUUACUUACUGUUAAUUACUCCCAGUGGGAACUCUGCUCUGCUCGUCUAUCUCUUCUAUUCUCUGUCACAGAGCUCACAUCUUUCAGACAGUCGCGUUCACUACAUACACCGCCAAGGAAAAGCAAAUUAUUUAUUUCCAUUUCCAUUUUCUCUUGUUCUUCCACAUUGUGGUUGAAUUGGGUAGAUAGAUCGGAGGAGCUUCUUUUCAUUUCAAUAUAUUAUUAGGGUUCUUGAGAUAUUUGGUGCCACGUACUAGCUUCCCCUCCAUCUGAGAUCUCUCUCUCUCUCUCGUUGCUCCCAAAGCUCAACUCUUUUCUUCAUUAUUCCUUGUCUGAGCACAAUCUACAUUGAAAAGCUCACAUCUUGGAGAUUGGUUUUUUCCUUUGAUUGGUGGGAGGGAGCAGAUCUUUGAAAAAUACUGCUCCAACCUUUCUAUCUAAAUUUUAUUGGGGGUUACCCUCUUCUUUUUAUGUGAUUCGCAAUCGGUAAGCAUCCAACUACCUAUCUACCCAUUAUAUGCAAGAUCGUUUCUUUUUCUUAAAAAUGAAGAGCACUUGGUUUCAACUAUGUAAUUUCGCCUUCUGUUUCUAGUUUUCUAUAAUUAAUGGCUAAAUUUGAAGGAUCGUUUAGUGUACUGUUGUCUGCUGAAUCCAUUUAAUUCCUCAACCGUGGAUGGAGUUAAUCCCCAUUAAUGGCGAAUUCCAGUAGUCCCCACCCCACUACCACCCCGAUCAUUGUACUUGCCUUUUGAUUUGGUCUUCCCCUUCGGAGUACCAUGGCGGUGAAAUCACCUCCGUGGAUAGUUUUGAAACAGAGAAGAAAGUUUUCAAACCAUGCGAUCCAAAGUACACCGAUUACACCCCCUGUCAAGACCAGAGGCGUGCCAUGACAUUCCCUAGGGAUAACAUGAUAUACAGGGAGAGGCAUUGUCCCCCAGAGGAAGAGAAGUUGCAUUGUCUAAUACCAGCUCCUAAGGGCUACGUGACGCCGUUCCCUUGGCCUAAGAGUCGUGAUUAUGUCCCUUAUGCGAAUGCACCUUAUAAGAGCUUGACUGUUGAGAAGGCCAUUCAGAAUUGGGUUCAGUAUGAGGGUAAUGUGUUUAGGUUUCCUGGUGGAGGGACGCAGUUCCCACAAGGUGCUGAUAAGUACAUUGAUCAAUUGGCAUCGGUUAUACCAAUUAAGAAUGGAACAGUUAGAACAUUGCUCGACACAGGUUGUGGGGUUGCUAGUUUGGGUGCUUACCUGUGGAACAGAAAUGUGAUUGCCAUGUCAUUUGCACCAAGAGACUCGCAUGAAGCACAGGUUCAAUUUGCUCUUGAAAGAGGUGUACCUGCUGUGAUUGGCGUUCUCGGUACUAUAAAGGUGCCGUAUCCAUCCAGAGCUUUCGACAUGGCUCAUUGUUCUCGGUGCUUAAUACCAUGGGGUGCCAAUGAUGGGAAAUACUUGAUGGAAGUGGACCGAGUUCUUAGACCGGGUGGGUAUUGGAUUCUUUCGGGUCCUCCAAUCCAUUGGAAGGUUAACUACAAGGCAUGGGAGCGUCCUAAGGAAGAACUUCAGGAGGAGCAAAGGCAGAUUGAAGAAGCUGCCAAAAUGCUUUGCUGGGAGAAGAAGUACGAAAAGGGUGAAAUUGCUAUCUGGCAAAAGAGAAUGGAUGGUGAUUCAUGCCAUAGUAAACAAGAUAAAUCUCAAGUUACCUUCUGCAAAUCUUCUGAUCCUGAUGAUGUGUGGUAUGUUUCUCUGAAUAUACAAUUAAGGAAAAAGAUGGAGGCUUGUGUCACACCUUAUCCUGAUACCAGCAGCUCAGAACUUAAAAAUUUCCCUGAAAGGCUUUAUGCUGUUCCACCAAGAGUUUCUAGUGGUUCUGUUCGUGGAGUUUCAGCUGAGAAAUACCAAGAGGACAGUAACGAAUGGAAGAAACACGUCAAAGCUUAUAAAAGAAUCAAUAGACUUUUGGAUUCUGGAAGGUACAGGAACAUAAUGGACAUGAAUGCUGGAUUGGGAGGAUUUGCUGCUGCACUUCAGUCUCCAAAGUUGUGGGUUAUGAAUGUUGUUCCAUCUAUAGCUGAGAGAAGUACACUGGGUGUGAUAUACGAAAGAGGCUUGAUUGGAAUCUAUCAUGACUGGUGUGAGGCUUUUUCUACAUACCCAAGGUCCUAUGAUUUAAUUCAUGCCAAUGGUCUUUUUAGUCUGUACAAUAACAAGUGUAAUCUAGAGGACAUCCUUCUGGAGAUGGACAGGAUUUUGCGACCAGAAGGUGCAGUUAUAAUCCGAGAUGAAGUGGAUGUACUAAUCAAGGUGAAGAAGAUAAUAGGAGGAAUGAGAUGGGAUACUAAAAUGAUGGACCAUGAAGAUGGUCCUCUUGUUCCUGAGAAAAUACUGGUCGCAGUCAAGCAGUACUGGGUUGCAGGUGGCAACUCUACAUCCACCCAGUGAGCUUCAUGUAUGGCCGCUCGAGAUAUUUCAAAUGGACCUCCUUGAAGUAGCCCCUGGUGAAGCAGAAACCCAUCCUCGUGACGGAUUCAUGUGCUUGGACUGUUUCUUCCUGCAGAGCAAAAUGAGCAGUGGGGUGCUUUAAUUUAAACCAACACAUGUUUGGUUAUGGUUCUAUCCUAUUGUUCUUAGCAUCUGGUGCCGUUGUGUAGUUGUAAUGCCAUUGAUGAGAAAGCUAGAAAAGGAUAGUCUUUGUGAUGUUCCUAGCUAGCCUGUGUUACAUUGAGAGCUUCUCCCUCGUUCUCCUCCAAUUUUGUUGUACUAUCAAUUUUGUGCAUCUGUCAAUUUUGAUAUUGUUGCUUGAUGGAUCAUAUCAAUCACCGGUCACUACCAACGCAUCUCACAUGGGGGUAAUGAAUUUUG